AGAGCCAGUGACAGAGAGCCAGAGAGAAAGUUCCUCGUCUACAGUUACAUGCGAGCCGACGCACUAACUUCCUCGUAUAAAACUAAAACGCACCCUUCUGGACUUUCUAUCGGAAUUAUAAUCACGGGUCGGGAUGGAGGAGCCGACAUAAAAUAAAAAUAAGUGCUUUCUAAAGAAUACAAGUAAUUCGGGGUUAGAAGACCAUAUAGCCAUAUAGCGGCCAAGGAUUAUACAGCUGGUUGGAACGAGGUAAUUCUCUCUCAUUUUUUUCUUCUAGACCACGAAGGGGAAUAUGUCUAACCUACUCACUGAUAUCCAUAGGCAAUAUGCAUUUCUUAAAGAAUAAAAUAAGAGGACGAACAGAUGGAUGUUGUCUUAAGCGGUUCCCAUCUGGGUCAUUCAGUGGCAUUAUGAAAAUUGCGCAUUAAAGGGUUAUGACCGUGUUAUUGUGUAGGCUAUAUUGCAGUGCUAUUGGUUUGUAUAUGUUGUCCGUACACUGAUGAUAGUUGAGAAACUACAGAAUUAGAAUGUUCACAUAAAUGGUGGUAAAUGUUAAAUGUAUUUUAACGGUUUCUUCAUCAACAACAAAACAACAAAAAUGUGUUUACUUAGCCCAGAAAUGUUGAGACAUGUAGCCUAGUUAUUUUUCAUUUAGCUGAACCCUCUGUCUCUAGCUGCUUUGUUGCCUAGGCUACCUUAUUCAAAAAUGAGGAAGAGGAACCAAAAGUUAUUGCUUAUCCUACUGAUACACCACCUACAAUAUUCACAUUGUGUAUUUACAGGUGCAACACCUAUUCAUGGUUUCUAAUCUAUUUAUUGAGGGAAAAUACACUCUUAGAAAAAAGGGUUUGAAAAAGGUUCAUCGGCUGUCCCCAUAGGAGAACCCUUUUUGGUUCCAGGUAGAACCAGUUUUGGUUCCAGGUAGAACCCUUUUUGUUUCCAUGUAGAACCCUUUACACAGAGGGUUCUACAUGGAAACAAAAAGGGUUCUACCUGGAAGCAAAAGGGUUGUACUUGGAACCAAAAAGGGUUCCUCAAAGGGUUCUCCUAUGGGGACAGCUGAAGAACCGCUUUAGGUUCUAGAUAGCACCUUUUUUUCUAAGAGUGUAGUAAUGGUGCAUUUUGUUAACAAAAACUAAGUAAAUGGUCACUUUCUUCCAUCUCUGUUUUCAUUUUCCAUAUGUUCCACGCCCUAAGAAAUUAUUGGCAUAGCCUACUAUUUUUUAUCAAUGCUAAUCUUGCAUGGAUAUCUGAUGAGUCAAUCUACUUAAUAUGUAAGACCCAAUUUGCUUCAUACCACAUGAUGAUUGCAUCAACUUGUGCUGGAAACCCUCACAUUUCCCUUAACAAUAGUUCCUAUAGUUCUAUCGGUGUUUCAUCAGGCCAAGUGUUUCUCAAAGUUCUACUUCAGGAAACAGGAAGUCCAUACUUAAUGCUGGAGAAGCCUAUCAGAGAACCUCGUGCCAUACUGCCCCUCUCCUAAUUGCAGAGACAAAUCCUCCCAAUGCAAAGCGUCCUGUGUGUAUGGUGCCUGGGGGCUGGCAUCGCAGUGUGUAAGCGUGAGAGGCGAGCAGGGGAGGUUUAGCAGUGCAGUUUUUCCUUUUCACACGGUGUCCAGUCCCAGCUGCAGCCGCCCGCCGCCUGCCCUGCAUCAGAUGCCAUGAUAGCAGUUAGGGCCUGAGGCACUCAUGGCGCAGGGCUUUCACAGCUCACUAGAUUUGCAUCUGUGGGUAAUAUGGUGGGUUGGAGACAGACAGACAGACACUCCCAGAGACAUGAGGAGGAUGGUUGGGGGGCUGAUUGGAUCAAGAGACUGCAGGAGAGAUGGAUGGAGAGGGGAAGGAUGGUCAGGGCUUCACCUCCAGUCAACUUCCUUUGUACAGGAAGUGCAUGGCAUGUGUGUCAUGGUUUGAUUCGAUAAAUAGGGGAUGGAGUGGUUGAUACGAGUCCGAGGAGGUUUGUAGACGGAUGAGAAGCUUUGGACUACUGGGCGGGCAGACACUUUAUCAUGAUUCAGCCUUGAUAGGCAAGAAGAAACGUCUUCUCCUGAGAUUCGGGGUGUGUCUUCCAAUAGGCUACCUGUAACUUGGAAAACUGGCACGGAGAAGCAUCAUGGUAGACUGAACCUUUUCCAGUCACAAUAACCAUACACAUUCUUGUGUUUUGGCCUUUUGAGUGGUAUUUGAGUGUACUAUGUAAGGAAUCAGUUUUCAUUUCGCCUCCAGUAUCUUCACUAAUCAGUUUUCAUUUCUCCUCCAGCAUCUUCACUAAUCAGUUUUCAUUUCUCCUCCAGCAUCUUCACUAAUCAGUUUUCAUUUUUCCUCCAGCAUCUUCACUAAUCAGUUUUCAUUUCUCCUCCAGCAUCUUCACUAAUCAGUUUUCAUUUCUCCUCCAGCAUCUUCACUAAUCAGUUUUCAUUUUUCCUCCAGCAUCUUCACUAAUCAGUUUUGGGUGUGCAUUAGCUGCCUAUUAACUAAUCGAAAUUAAAACCGUGUAAGCAUAAACGGCUUUGCUGGAAGUUAAACUUGAACUGAUCAAAAAUAAUCUGAUCCUCCUGUAACAGAGCAAGCAAAGAGGAACACCAUUUAAAUGGAAAAGGGAAGUGAAUAUUAUUUUUCAUCAAGUGGUUGUAUACAGCCAUUUUUUAUUUACCCUUAUUUUACCAGGUCAGUUGACUGAGAACACAUACUCAUUUACAGCAACGACCUGGGGGGAUAGUUACAGGGGAGAGGAGGGGGGAUGAAUUAGCCAAUUGGAAGCUUUGCGUAACUGUUGAUGUGAAAAAUUCUCCGUGACCAUGUCAUGAGAUGAGAUACAUGGCUGUAAUCCAGCAGCACUCCUCCACAUCCUAAAAGAGUGAGUGCAGUAAAAUGUGUUCAGGGCCCAUAUUCACAAAGUGUCUCACGAGUACUGAUCUAGGGCCAGUUUUUCCUUUUAGAUCAUAAUGAACAUGAUUAUAUGGACAGGGGAGACCCGAUCCGAGAUCAGCCCUCCUAUACUGAGCUGCUUUGUGAAUACGAGCCCAGAAAGCUAACCUCUAUGAUGGCUUCAGUCACAUUUUCUUCUGUUAUGUUACAGUAAUAGCUCAGGGAGCAGAGGGCGAAGAUGACGAGGGAGAGAGAGAGAGAGACGCAGAGAGGAGAGAGCAGAGAGAGAGGAGAGAGCAGAGAGAGGGAGAGAGAGAGAGAGAGAGCGAGAGAGAGAGAGAGAGAGGAGGAGAGAGCAGGAGAAGAGAAAAAGAAGGAGAGAGAGAGAGAGAGAGGAGAGAGAGAGAGAGAGAGGAGAGAGAGAGAGGGAGAGAGAGAGGGAGAGGUGAGAGAGGAGAGAAGAAGAGAGAGAAGAGGAGAGAGCGGAGGGGGAGAGAGAGGAGGAGGAGAGAGAGAGCGAGAGAGAGAGGAGAGAGAGGAGAGGAGAGAGCAGGAGGCGGAGAAGAGGAGAGAGAGGAAGGAGAAGAGGGGAGAGCAGAGAGGGAGGAGGGAGGAGAGGAGAGAGGAGGAGAGAGAGGAGAGAGAGGAGAGAGAUGCGAGGAGAGGAGAGGGCAAGCGAGGAGAAGAGGAGGGAAGAGACGAGAAGAGCGGAAUAGCGCGAGAGAGGACCUCUCCUCUCUCUCUCGUCUCUCUCACUCUCUGUUCUCUCACUCUCUCUCUCUCUAUUAUCUCUCUCAUCUCUCUCUUCUCUUCUCAUCUCUAUCUCUCUCUUCUCUCUCUCUCUCUCUCUCUCUAUCCCUCUCUCUCUCUCACUCUCUCUCACGCUCAGUCUUAUAAUACUCCAGCUCAUCUGUUUAUGUCAACACAGAUGAACCAUAAAAUGACAGUCCUGUCUCUCUCACACAGACAUAGGCUCUGUUCAAUCAAAAGAAUUCCCCCUUUGUCUAAUAUCCCUCUUUUAAAUAUUUUACACAGACCAUAUGACUCCACCCACAGCGUUACUAAGUUAUGGUUUUAUUUGAAAAACAAAGAGCUCUUCAUGCCACCAAAUGUCCAAUAAGACAUGUAUGCCUCUGCUGUCCCAAAGGCGUGGCUGGGUGUUUCUAGUUUGGUGUCGCUCUGGUGAUUAGGAAGACUUCUAGAAUUGUUUUGCUUUUAAACAGCAGUGUAAUCAAAUCAAAUCAAAUCAAAUUGUAUUUGCCACAUGCGCCGAAAACAACAGUUGUAGACAUUACAGUGAAAUGCUUACUUAUAAGCCCUUAACCAACAAUGCAUUUUUUUUUUUUUAUUCUUUUUUUUGCAUAAAAGAGGGGGGGGUGGGGGGGGGGGGGGGCAGUGUAAAUAGUCCGGGUAGCAAUGAUUAGCUGUUCAGGAGUCUUAUGGCUUGGGGGUAGAAGCUGUUGAGAAGCCUUUUGGACCUAGACUUGGCACUCCGGUACCGCUUGCCGUGCGGUAUGGUAGCAGAGAGAACAGUCUAUGACUAGGGUGGCUGGAGUCUUUGACAAUUUUGAGGGCCUUCCUCUGACACCCGCCUGGUAUAGAGGUCCUGGAUGGCAGGAAGCUUGGCCCCAGUGAUGUACUGGGCCGUACGCACUACCCUCUGUAGUGCCUUGCGGUCGGAGGCCAAGCAGUUGCCAUACCAGGCGGUGAUGCAACCAGUCAAGAGCCUCUCGAUGAUGCGGCUGUAGAAUUCUUUGAGGAUCUGAGGACCCAUGCCAAAUCUUUUCAGUCUCCUGAGGGGGAAUAGGCUUUGUCGUGCCCUCUUCACGACUGUCUUGGUGUGUUUGGACCAUGAUAGUUUGUUGGUGAUGUGGACACCAAGGAACUUGAAGCUCUCAACCUGUUCCACUACAGCCCCGUCUAUGAAAAUGGGGGCGUGCUCAGUCCUCUUUUUUUUCCUGUAGUCCACAAUCAUCUCCUUUGUCUUGGUCACAUUGAGGGAGAGGUUGUUAUCCUGGCACCACACGGCCAGGUCUCUGACCUCCUCCCUAUAGGCUGUCUCAUCGUUGUCGGUGAUCAGGCCUAUCACUGUUGUGUCGUCAGCAAACGUAAUGAUGGUGUUGGAGUCGUGCCUGGCCAUGCAGUCAUGGGUGAACAGGGAGUACAGGAGGGGACUGAGCACGCACCCCUGAGGGGCCCCCGUGUUGAGGAUCAGCGUGGCAGAUGUGUUGUUACCUACCCUUACCAUCUGGGGGCGGCCCGUCAGGAAGUCCAGGAUCCAGUUGCAGAGGGAGGUGUUUAGUCCCAGGAUCCUUAGCUUAGUGAUGAGCUUUGAGGGCACUAUGGUGUUGAACGCUGAGCUGUAGUCUAAUGAACAGCAUUCUCACGUAGGUGUUCCUCUUGCCAGGUGGGAAAGGGCAGUGUGGAGUGCAAUAGAGAUUGCAUCAUCUGUGGAUCUGUUGGGGCGGUAUGCAAAUUGGAGUGGGUCUUGGGUUUCAUGUAUGCCUGUGUGGGAAACAGUACAGUAAACAGUUGCUCUUAGGAUGUAAUGAAAGUAAAUCCAAACUGUAGCUACUGUAGUAAAUGACAUUGUAUUCUGACUGAUAUUUUUUUUAAAUAACAAAUUGUUAGGUUCUUCCACCAUGGGCUGUGUGGGGUCCAAAGAGCAGCAGGAUCCCAGCAGCAAAGGAGUGAUUGAUGACGCUCUGAUCCGGACGCAGACAACCCAAUAUGUCAAAGACCCCACCACUGGGACCAAGGCUGUGAGUGAAUAACUGGUCAUGAUGAUGAUGAUGAUGGUGAUAAAUAAUGGUGAUGAUGAUGGUGAUGAUGGUGAUUAUGGUGAUGAUGAUGAUGGUGGUGGUGGUGGUGGUGAUGGUGGUGGUGGUGAUGAUGAUGAUAAUGAUGAUGAUGAUGAUGGUGGUGAUGAUGGUGAUGAUGGAGUACAGGGAGAGGAAGAAAGAGUGAGAGAGAGAGAAAAACCAUCAGUGGGAGACAUGGUCAGUGAAAGGGACAUUCUAAUGAGUUAUAUUUGUCAUUGUCACCGAGACAACAUAGUGAAAAGCAACGUGUGAGCCUCCCUACAUCAUGACUAUGCACAGAGGAUUGAUAUGUGAGGUGCAUUACCCAAAUAAGUAAUGUUCUAACUAGUUGUUGCUUUGCAUAACUGCUAGACUCUUCUCUGUUGCCAAAUAUACAGUGGGGAAAAAAAGUAUUUAGUCAGCCACCAAUUGUGCAAGUUCUCCCACUUAAAAAGAUGAGAGAGGCCUGUAAUUUUCAUCAUAGGUACACGUCAACUAUGACAGACAAAAUGAGGAAAAAAAAUCCAGAAAAUCACAUUGUAGGAUUUUUAAUGAAUUUAUUUGCAAAUUAUGGUGGAAAAUAAGUAUUUGGUCAAUAACAAAAGUUUCUCAUUACUUUGUUAUAUACCCUUUGUUGGCAAUGACACAGGUCAAACGUUUUCUGUAAGUCUUCACAAGGUUUUCACUCACUGUUGCUGGUAUUUUUGGCCCAUUCCUCCAUGCAGAUCUCCUCUAGAGCAGUGAUGUUUUGGGGCUGUCGCUGGGCAACACAGACUUUUAACUCCCUCCAAAGAUUUUCUAUGGGGUUGAGAUCUGGAGACUGGCUAGGCCACUCCAGGACCUUGAAAUGCUUCUUACGAAGCCACUCCUUCGUUGCCCGGGCGGUGUGUUUGGGAUCAUUGUCAUGCUGAAAGACCCAGCCACGUUUCAUCUUCAAUGCCCUUGCUGAUGGAAGGAGGUUUUCACUCAAAAUCUCACGAUACAUGGCCCCAUUCAUUCUUUCCUUUACACGGAUCAGUCGUCCUGGUCCCUUUGCAGAAAAACAGCCCCAAAGCAUGAUGUUUCCACCCCCAUGCUUCACAGUAGAUAUGGUGUUCUUUGGAUGCAACUCAGCAUUCUUUGUCCUCCAAACACGACGAGUUGAGUUUUUACCAAAAAGUUAUAUUUGGUUUCAUCUGACCAUAUGACAUUCUCCCAAUCCUCUUCUGGAUCAUCCAAAAUGCACUCUAGAAAACUUCAGACGGGCCUGGACAUGUACUGGCUUAAGCAGGGGGGACACGUCUGGCACUACAGGAUUUGAGUCCCUGGCUGCGUAAUGUGUUACUGAUGGUAGGCUUUGUUACUUUGGUCCCAGCUCUCUGCAGGUCAUUCACUAGGUCCCCCCGUGUGGUUCUGGGAUUUUUGCUCACCGUUCUUGUGAUCAGUUUGACCCCACGGGGUGAGAUCUUGCGUGGAGCCCCAGAUCGAGGGAGAUUAUCAGUGGUCUUGUAUGUCUUCCAUUUCCUAAUAAUUGCUCCCACAGUUGAUUUCUUCAAACCAAGCUGCUUACCUAUUGCAGAUUCAGUCUUCCCAGCCUGGUGCAGGUCUACAAUUUUGUUUCUGGUGUCCUUUGACAGCUCUUUGGUCUUGGCCAUAGUGGAGUUUGGAGUGUGACUGUUUGAGGUUGUGGACAGGUGUCUUUUAUACUGAUAACAAGUUCAAACAGGAGCCAUUAAUACAGGUAACGAGUGGAGGACAGAGGAGCCUCUUAAAGAAGAAGUUACAGGUCUGUGAGAGCCAGAAAUCUUGCUUGUUUGUAGGUGACCAAAUACUUAUUUUCCACCAUAAUUUGCAAAUAAAUUCAUAAAAAAUCCUACAAUGUGAUUUUCUGGAGAAAAACAAUCUCAAUCUUGUCUGUCAUAGUUGACGUGUACCUAUGAUGAAAAUGACAGGCCUCUCUCAUCUUUUUAAGUGGAAGAACUUGCACAAUUGGUGGCUGACUAAAUACUUUCUUUCCCCACUGUAAGUGACUGAUCUAUAAGUGGGUUUCCUUUGGUGUCUGGGGUGGUCAUUACUUCCUGUGUGUUUACUGUAAACCAACUGUAAGCGCUGUUAGAAUGAGGAAGGGGAAGUAACACAUCCACUGAACGCAGAAAUUAAUUUUGUGAUCAUUGUUUAAACAGACAUUGAAUUUGCAUGUACAUUUCAGUCAUUUGCAGUCGCUCUCAUCCAGAGGGACUUAAUGCGUUCAUAGCUAGGUGAGAACCACAUAUCACAGUCAUAGUAAGUCAAUUGGCCCAGCGUCGUCCAGGGUAUGGGAGAGAAUGGCCGGCAGGGAUGUAGCUCAGUUGGUAGGGUUGUGGGUUCGAUUCCCACGGGGGGCCAGUAUGAAAUAAAAUAAUAAUAAUGUAUGCACUCACUAACUGUAAGUCGCUCUGGAUAAGAGCGUCAGCUAAAUGACUAAACAUUUAAAAAUUUAAAAAAUAAAUAAAGCAGCUAUCAGCAAAGUCAGUUAGAAAAGACAAGUGUGAGUGUUAGUGCAACAAAGGCAAGGGUGUUGUUUUAAAAAAAGAUGAUUAUAAUUUGGGGGAAGGUGUCUCUUCUCUCUUUCUGUUUUGAAUUCCUAUUUUCUAUCCAUUUAUCUCACUUUUACUUCAUCUGUCAUUUGACCUCUCAUGUUUCACUCACUUUCUCCCAGCUUCUAUACUACAUUUCCCAUGGUUCUCCUCAACUCUUCAAACCUCUUUCUGUCUUUCACAGAAUAGAACCAUUUCCACUGGCCCUCCAGUCCCCUCUGAGGGUGAGUGUGACGCAGAGAAGUUACAGCACUCACUUGGCUCACUUGAAUUUGUGACGUAGGAACUGUUACAGUGCUCAGCUUCAUCACACCGUAUUUCCAGCAGCACACUACAUACUGUCAAUUGUUUGUUGCCAUGUAAUUAUAGACUAUGUGGCUGAGGCCACAUAUGGAAAGUGAAAGAGGUGAGAACGUGUAGGUUUUGAGAUAGCCCCCACUCAGAGCCUCACGACACGAGACAGCAGAUGAUCUCUCCACUGCUAUACCACUAAAGCAGCCAGACAGGAAGUGACCUAGGCAAAGCGCUGUUGUUGUUGUUUUUAAUCAUGUAAGAGUUGCACUUGAUGGAAAAAACAAAGUCUCUCUUUGUCAUAUGUGUGCAUGCACACAGACACACACACACGCACAUUACAUUUUACAUUUUUGCAUUUUUACACACGCACGCACACACACACACACACACACACACACACACACACACACACACACACACACACACACACACACACACACACACACACACACACACACUUACAUUCUCUGCCCCCUCCCCCCCCCAGGUCCUGAGAGCAUUGCCAUUGCACUGUAUGACUAUGAGGGUAUAAAUGAUGGAGAUCUGGGCUUCAAGAAGGGAGACAAGCUUAAAAUCUUACAGGAGUGAGUGUAUCUGACAUUUAUACAUAAAUAUGAUGCAUUCAUACCCAUACAGAGCACUGAAUACCUAAAAUACCUAUAAUACCUAUAAUACCCAUAAUACCUAUUCCCUCACCUCUCACAAUCUGUCUGUCUGUCUGUCUGUCUGUCUGUCUGUCUGUCUGUCUGUCUGUCUGUCUGUCUGUCUGUCUGUCUGUCUGUCUGUCUGUCUGUCUGUCUGUCUGUCUGUCCGUCCGUCCGUCCGUCCGUCCGUUUGUCUGUCCGUCCCCCUCUCUCUCUCUCUCUCUCUCUCUCCUCUCUCUCUCUCUCUCUCUCUCUCUCUCUCUCUCUCUCUCCCUCUCUCUCUCUUUCUGUAGGUCUGGAGAAUGGUGGAGAGCCCAGUUAAUCAGCACAGGCCAGGAAGGCUUCAUCCCCAGUAACUAUGUAGCCAUAGACAGCCUUGAAACCGAAGAGUAAGUAUGUUCUCCAGUGUAGUGUGUGAGUAGAAGCUGCUCAAAGGAAUUAGUCUGAUAUAACUUUCCCAUCCCCCAGGUGGUUCUUUAAAGGAGUGAGCAGGAAAGAUGCAGAGAGGCAGCUGCUGGCAUCAGGAAACAAAAUGGGAUCGUUUAUGAUCCGUGACAGUGAGACCACCAAGGGUGAGCAAGUUCAAAAGCUCUUAGACAUACACAUUAAACAAGCGCACUUUCAGACUUUAGCAAGCCGUCUCUCCUUCCUGCUACAGGCAGCUACUCCCUAUCCGUAAGGGACAGUGAUUCCCAAUCAGGAGACACAGUCAAGCAUUACAAGAUCCGUACGCUGGACAACGGUGGCUUCUACAUCUCCCCACGCAUCACCUUCACCACCCUGCAGGAACUGGUCGGCCACUAUAAGAGUGAGUGCCAACAUCACAGCCAUCCAUAAUACACUAGAGAAGGGCUAUUCAAAUCUUAUUAACCUAAGACAGUGUUUCCCAAUCCUGGUCAUUGGGACCCCAAGGGGUGCACAUUUUUGUUCUUUGCCCUAGCACUACACACCUAAUUCAAAUAAUCAACUCAUCAUCAAGCUUUGAUUAUUUGAAUCAGGCGUGUAGUGCUAAGGAAAACGCCAAAAAGGUUCACCCCCGGAGGUCCCCAGGACCAGGAUUAAAAGAAACACUGCCCUACGAGGUCCGGAGUACUGCUGGUUUUCUGUUCUACCUGAUAGUUACUUGCACCCACCUGGUGUCCCAGGUCUAAAUCAGUAAAAUAUAGCAGUGGAACUGGCUCUGAAUUUGAAGGCACUAGUGUCCACUGCUACUAAAGUUGAUUGUGGACGUUGGAGAUGAACAGCCCCCUCUGCUGGCUGCCUGUUCUGAAAACGGACACAUCGUGUAUUUGGCCUCCAGCAGUACUGACUUUCUAUGGGUUUAAAAUGUGUGCUAUGUACAGUUCAAUGAUACAUUCAGCUAAUGGUAUUAAUUGUCCUGUAGGAUUCAGAGCUUUGGGUGUGGAUGUCUUACUGGAUGUGUUUGUUUCCUACAGAGCAGGGAGACGGUCUGUGUCAGGCCUUGACCAGCCCCUGCCUCAGUCCCAAGCCCCAGAAGCCCUGGGAGAAGGAUGCCUGGGAGAUCCCUCGGGAUUCCCUCAAACUGGACAGGAGGCUCGGGGCUGGCCAGUUUGGAGAGGUCUGGAUGGGUGAGCUCCAUGUCAUUUAAAGUUCUUACUCGGUCAUUCUGAGAAGGUUAUGUUCAGACCAAUACUGGGAGAUCAGUAUGAGUUGAUAUUUAUUCUGAAAACAUCUUGCUUGGUGGAGCUGUAAACUGAGCUAGCAUAGGUAAUGUGGUUUGCUUUGUGUCUUUUUCUGUAGCUACAUACAACAAGCACACUAAGGUGGCAGUGAAGACCAUGAAGCCUGGCACCAUGUCUGUGGAGGCUUUCCUGGACGAGGCCAACCUGAUGAAGGCUCUGCAGCACGACAAGCUGGUCCGUCUGAACGCUGUGGUUACCAAAGAGGAACCCAUCUACAUCAUCACAGAGUACAUGGAGAAGGGUGUGUACACCCGUUUGAUAUUUUAUAUACAUUUACAUUACGAUACAUCAGUGUAUCUCUGUCAUUUACUAUUUUUGUGUGUGCUUUUCUGUGCAUGUGUGUGCUUGUGUGUGUGUGUGUGUGUGUGUGUGUGUGUGUGUGUGUGUGUGUGUGUGUGUGUGUGUGUGUGUGUGUGUGUGUGUGUGUGUGUGUGUGUGUGUGUGUGUGUGUGUGUGUGGGUGCGUGCGUGCGUGCGUGUGUGUGUGUUUAGGCAGUUUGCUUGACUUCUUGAAGAGUGACGAGGGGAACCGUGUUCAACUCCCCAAACUCAUUGAUUUCUCAGCA